AUGUUGGCUACUAACCCUAGCCUCUUCUUCUCCUCCUCCAAACCCUCCUCAACCCGCCUCCGCUGCCGCGCCGCCACUGGAGACCUCCCUCGCGGCCCAGCAUUCCCCCGCUUAAUUCAAUUCCCCUCCGCCGCUGCUGACGCAGCCGCCGUUGGCGUCCGAAUUGGCCAGGGCGCCGAGCUCGACGGCGGGGCGGCUGGGCUUCGCGGCGGCGGUAGCGGCAGUGGCAGUGGUGGUGUUAAGGUGAAUGCCAUGGAGAGGAAGUGGUCGCGUGACAGAGAGAGCUAUUUGACUCACAACGGCGACCCCCUCCCUCUUCCGAUGACAUAUCCCAAUACUUCGCCGGUGUCACCCGAGGAGAUUGACCGGAGGCUCCGAUGUGAUCCUAUAGUUGAGGAAAGUGUAGGAGUUGCCAAGGCUCAGGAUUUGUCAGUUAUUACAACAAAAGAGGAAGAGAAACUAUCUGCAAAUGCCUACCUUGCCAAGGAAUUGGUAUGA